AUGGAUCCAGAAGCAGUAAUACACGGUGAUAUUUCUGAUGGCGCGGAAAUGUCUCCUUUGGUUGAAAAUCAACCAGAAACAUUAGGUGAAAUCGCCGAAGAAAAUAGCGCAAACGAGCAGCCCGAAGCGGUGGAAACUACAGAGGAUGCGGCAACGAAUGGUGGAGCACCAACCAGUAGCAGUGAUCUUUUAGAUCUAGAAGCUGUUGCACCAGCAGAAAAUGAGGAACCCGCCCCUGAAGAGGGGAAUCAAGAAGAACAGGGAGCUGAAGAUGAAAUGGAUAUAGAUGAGACCACACCGGGUGCUGUUGGAGAUGACUCUGCUUACAUAGGAGAUAACUGUCUUUCAACACCGGCAGUAACAGAAGACAAUUCACCACAAGAGGAGGGCAAUAUAGAUCUUGUGUUAAAAUCUGAAGCACUGGAUGGAGAUACGGAAGGGGAGUCGGGAGAACAGCAAGAGGAGUCUCCAGACCAAUCAAUCAGCUCUGCAAUGCCUAUUGAAGGUGCACCAAACAUUCAAGAUGAAGAAUCUAGUACAAUGGAUGAAGACAUGGGCGGUGGAGAAGGUGUGGCUAGCAGUGAUGAUGUAAAUGAUAUUAGUAGUGCAGCACAAGAUAUAUUAGGAACAGGGAUUAGCUCAAGCACAGCGGAGGGAGGUGCUGAUAUAUCUAGCAGCGGUCAAGGCGAGGCCGCCCUGAUUUCAUCAACAGCUAACGGACCAGCGGUUAUGCAUGCUUUUUCAAUAUUGCCGCAACCCACCAAUGAUUUCAGUGAUGCAGACACUUCAGAAAUGGAAGGCGCCGCAGAUACGAUGCCAGCAGUCAGUGAGUCAUUGCCGAUACUCACUAUGGCUGCAAAUGGUGCAGCUCUGCUCUCGCCUACCUUAUUGCAAAUCAAAGAAGAACAACCAAGCAGUGGAGGCGUCUCAUCAUCAGUGUCAAGUGGCGGUGUUGGAGAGGGGGAGGGAGCAGUAAGCAGCUCGGGUGCGGCGAAUGGAACUCCGCCCAUACCGCCCACGGACGCUGCGCACGCGCUGGCUACGCUUGCCAGUGCCGCGUUACAUCACAACCAAGAACAGCCCGAACAAGAAGAUCCGAAAAUAAAUGAAGAAGACACAUGGUAUACAGUUGGAAUAGUGAAGGGGACCACAUUUACAGUUCAAAAUUACAUAUCAGAUCCAAAUCUUGACUUGUCCAAUUUGUCAUUGGACAAUCUUCCCGACUUGAGUGAGUUGGCAACAACGCCCUUGGAGCAUGGAACGGCCUACAAGUUCAGAAUCGCUGCUAUCAACUCCUGUGGCAAGGGAGACUUUAGUGAGGAAGCGGCAUUCAAGACAUGUUUGCCUGGAUUCCCAGGUGCGCCAUCAGCAAUCAAGAUCUCCAAGUCGGUGGAGGGAGCUCACUUAUCCUGGGAGCCGCCCCAAGUUGCUGCGGAGGGCAUCUUCGAGUACUCAGUAUAUCUUGCUGUGCGAUCGAACUCGCAACAAAAGCAGGAACCGGCGAAGUCUCAGCUGGCGUUCGUUCGCGUUUACUGCGGGAAGGCGAACACGUGCGUCGUACCCCAGAACUCCUUAAGCGCGGCGCACGUCGACUCUUCGACUAAGCCUGCUAUCAUCUUCCGUAUCGCCGCUCGCAAUGAAAAGGGUUACGGGCCGGCUACUCAAGUCAGGUGGUUGCAAGAUAUAAAAUCAACCGGCGUGAAACGAGCGGGCGACAGCCGGUUACCGGGCGCGUCGCCGUCGAAACAACAAAAACAACUCCUGCACUAA